AUGAAGAUUCGAUUCUGUUUGUAUGAAUUUGUAGCUUCCUCUGAGGAAAUUCAUUUUAAGAAGACCCUUUUUGCUGCGUGUUAUGAUCUCUUCUGCAGGAGAGAAUCCCACGGAACUGCAAGCAAUCUUUUCAGCGAUAUAUUCAUACAUACCCAGAGGAAAGGAUCUUGCAUAUCGGAGAAGAAAUGGAGCAACAACAGCACAAUCACAACAAAGGACUGGAUAUGUAUUUCGGAAACAGUGAUCUGGGAAGAUUUGGGAGAGAAACUCUUCAUCAUUGCCUCUUUUCAUCGAAGGCAAUUCAAAUUGUAUAGUUUAAUAUGUGCACAGUUAUUAAGGCAACUCUCCAUAAUAGGAGGCUCCAAUAACACCCACAUUAAUUGCAACGCCAUUGACCCCUCUCAAGCAGACACUAUUAUUGAUAUUGAUCUUCCUCGUUUCUAUCCUCUCAUGAAUCGAUAUCAUUCCUAUACUCCCAUCAAUAGAGAGUUCUUUUCCAAUUUUCAUGCAUGUUUCUUCGGAAAUGAAAGAAAAAGCUUUCUACGGGAGAAAGAGCUCAACUAUUUAAGCUCAAAACGAGUGGUCAUUGAUUUGGAGAAACGAAUUCCUUGCGAAGCCUAUCAAAAAGCAAUCAUGCAAGUCAAAACUGUAUUGAUGCCAAACGUUGAUCCAAUCUAUGAAGAUUUGAUGCAGUACUUAUAUCGGGCAGCAGCCAGAAAUCACGACAAAGCAAUAACCUCUGGCGGUUCUAACCUCAGUCCCAUAUUUCACAAAUCCGUCCUUGAAUGCAUUGCAGAUUUGGAGAGCCCAGUCCAAAUGUUUGGAGACACCUCUCAAGGAGCUUUUCGCAAGCAUUUAUCAUGCAUUUUGACAAUGAUCGAGAACGAAGACGAUCAUUACAAGGGGUGUGCUUCAAAGGCGAGAAAAUAUCUACCAACCCCAAUUCCUCACUCUGAUUUUUACUAUCUCUCGCAAAUAUCUCACUUCAUUGAAGAGCCAGAAAGGCUUCUCAAUUUAACAAUUCCAAAGAAAGCGAUGUCAACUUAUUAUGAGGCUGGGUAUGCUUGUUCUAAACUUGUUGCUAACAUGGAAAAUACGGAUCGAUUUUGCAAUUACUGGAUAGCAUCGGAAUUGAGGAGAUGCAUCAAAGUUAUAGAGAAUAUGCUUAAAGCCUUAAGUCCUGAAACACUGAGCACGAAACAAAUAGAGGCUAUCAAGCGAUUAUUAAGCAGGAUCGUUGACGGCAGAGAUCAAACGAUUGAAAUUUUGGAAACGUUAGGAGUGUAUUUGGUUCGACGUGUCUUCUCACGAGCAAUAAAGGAUUAUCUCAUUAGCCAGCUGAGCGAGCCUGUCAGCUUUCGCUUGGGCAGAAAGAACACAAAAAAAGUUUGUAACCUUACGUCAGCCUCAUCAUCAUCACCACCACAAUUUAUCAAAAUGGUCAGAGAUAGUUACUUACCAGCCGGAAGAGAUGAAACCUAUGGAAAGGCUCCUGAAUCAGCCAAAGCAGCCAUUGUUUCUCCUCUCUCUAAACUUACUCCAGAACAAACCAAAUUAAUGGGAGAACUCCGUAAAAUUGCUGAAGGGUGGGGACUUGAUGAGGAGCAAAAGGCUUUCAUGGAUGAGAUGUGUUUAUUCCGUUAUCUUUCUGGUUUGCAAUGGAAUAUGGAACAAGCCAGCAAACAAUUGAAGGAAACUAUGGAAUGGAGAAAGACUUUCCGUCCACAAGAUAUCAGAUUGAAGGAUUUGGAACCAAUUGCCAAGCAAGGAUUUUUGUUCCAUUACGGAUACGACAAGCAAUGUCGUCCAGUCAUUUAUGUUUUGAUGGGCAAGGAUACCGCUGAAAACACUGAGGAAAACAAAAAGAUGAAGUUUAAACUUUUUGUCUAUAUGAUGGAAAAAUGUAUCAAGAGAAUGCCAGAAGGUGUUCACAACAUUGUUUGGUUGGUUGACUUGAAGGAUUCUUCACUCUCAAUGUCAUUGGUCAAGGAAAUGAAGGAUACUUUCGUUCAAUUGGGUAACUACUACACUGAAAGAUUGGCUAGAACUCUUGUUCUCAAUGCUGGUUGGACAAUUUCUAUGAUUUGGAGUUUCGUAAGCAACUUCUUAGCGAAGGAAACUGUCGAAAAGUAUGUCAUGGUCAAAGGUAAUGAUAAGACCAUUGCUGAAACAUUUGAAAAGUAUAUUGAAAACGAUUUAUUGGUGAAAGGUUUCGGAAAUGGUACUGCCGAAUACAAGUAUGAUAUUGCUCAACUCAUUAAAGAAGAGAUGGAAGAUGAAGAGGAAUUAAGAAAGAGAGAACAAUAA